AGCUAGUGUGAAGAUCCCUCCUCUCCUUAAAAGAGGGACAGAAAGCAGCAGGAUCUUAGUUCAGGAUGCCCACCAUUGCAGUGCAAUCACAAAACUGACUGGAACUGAUGCUGGGGUUGAUCUACACACACGUGGCUUUCACACAGGGACACAGAACACACCUGGACAGAUAAUCCUCUUCAAGGAGCUUUGCAGACACGAGAGAGUGGGAGUGUGCGCCAUGGGUCAGUGGUUGAGCUGGCUCUUCUUCCUGACAGGACUGUUGGGGGUCUACACACAAGAUUAUUACAAGGAAGGGACAGGAGAGAGGAGAACCAGAGUUAAUGGUCAAACGACAAGCGCACUGAAAUAUGAUGGAGCAGCCAUCGUGGAUGAAGACUGUGGUCUUGAAUUGGCCUUCCUAGUGGACAGCUCAGAGAGUGCCAAGGGCCAUCACCAGCAGGAAAAGAAGUUUGCCAUGGACGUUGUGGAUGGUCUGCACAGCAUCCGUUUGAACACUGGGCGCAAACUGAGCUGGAAAGUAUCAUUGCUCCAGUACAGCAGUCAUGUCAUCAUUGAACAAACAUUCAAACAAUGGAGAGGCACUGAGAACUUCAAAAGCAGCAUCACUCCCAUGAGCUAUAUUGGCCACGGCACCUAUACUACCUAUGCUAUUACCAACAUGACAAAGAUCUUUUCUGAGGAGUCCAAAUCAGGGAGCAUCAAAAUCGCACUGCUUCUUACAGAUGGAGUCUCCCACCCAAGGAAUCCUGACAUCUUCUCAGCUGUAGCUGAUGCCAAAAACCAGGGCGUGAGAUUCUUCACUAUCGGCAUCACACACGUUGCCAAUGAGCCGGCGAACAUCGCCCGUCUGAGGCUACUAGCCAGCACACCCCCCUCCCGCUUCCUCCAUAACCUUCAGGAUACACACAUCACUGAGAAGAUCCUUACUGAGAUGGCUCAACUAGCAGAAGAUGGGUGCCCUGUAUCUCAAAAAUGUGCAUGUGAGAAGGGUGAGAGAGGACCUAGUGGCCCAGCAGGAAAGAAAGGUCGCCCAGGUGAGGAUGGAGCCCCCGGGCCUAAAGGGCAAAAGGGUGAAAGUGGGUUGAACGGACUUCCUGGUCGUGAUGGUUCAGAGGGUAAACCUGGCUACAAAGGAGAAAAGGGAGGCAGAGGUGAAUGUGGCACACCAGGAAUCAAGGGUGACAGGGGUCCUGAGGGUCCUGUCGGUAUAAGAGGAUCCAGAGGGUUGCAGGGGUUACCAGGACCACAGGGUGACAUCGGACCAGAGGGCCCGCAAGGCAAGAAGGGUGAUCGUGGUUUGUCUGGUCCACCUGGCCUUCAGGGCGAGACUGGGAUUGGACUUCCAGGACCAAAGGGUGAUAUGGGAUUUCAGGGGAGACCUGGACCUCCUGGCCCAACAGGAAUUGGAGAACCAGGACCACCUGGGCCUCAAGGUCCACAGGGUGUUCAAGGAGAAAAAGGACCACAGGGAGAAGGAUAUCCAGGGCCUAAGGGAGAUCGGGGGCCGGACGGACCGAGGGGCCCAAGGGGGCAACCAGGCGCUGGAAUCAAAGGAGAAAAGGGUGAUUUUGGGCCUGCAGGUCCUCCAGGACCGGUUGGGCUUCCUGGGAUUGGCAUUCAGGGAGAGAAGGGUGUGGAGGGUCCAAGAGGGCCUCCAGGAGGAAGAGGGCCACCAGGAGAGGGUCUGCCUGGACCAAAGGGUGAACAAGGAUUACCAGGAGAGGUUGGCAGCCCAGGAGACAGAGGAAUUGGAGAACCUGGACCAAAGGGUGAGCCUGGUGCUGCAGGACUGGCAGGUUUACCUGGACUUCCCGGAGAGGAUGGCGCUCCAGGCCAAAAGGGCGAGCCUGGAGUACCAGGCCUGAGGGGACCUGAAGGAACAGCAGGAAUUGGCACACAAGGAGAAAAGGGAGACCAGGGUCAGCGGGGUGUCAGAGGUUUACCAGGCCCUCCUGGCAUUUCUGGCCCUUCAGGCGCCAAGGGAGAGCCUGGAACACCAGGACGAUUGGGCAUGCCAGGACUUCCUGGGCGAGCUAUUGCAGGACCAAAGGGUGAUGUCGGACCUUCUGGUCCUCCUGGACCAAUUGGAGAAACAGGUUAUGGGCUCCCAGGUCCAAAGGGUGAUCGUGGCAAUCCAGGCCCUCCUGGACCAUUUGGGCCAAAAGGUGAAGGAUAUCCAGGACCAAUGGGUCCUCCUGGUCUCCCAGGUCUGACUGGAGAACCAGGACCUGAGGGCAUUGGCUUCCCUGGACCAAAGGGUGACAUUGGUUUCAGAGGUUUACCAGGUUUGCCAGGCCCACCAGGUGAAGGGAUUCAAGGACAACCAGGCAACACAGGAAGGCCAGGACUACCAGGACCAGCCGGUCCCCCAGGAGAAGGCAUUCAAGGCCAUAAAGGAGAUCAGGGGCCACCAGGUGUCACUGGACCAAGAGGACCACCAGGGGAGGGACUCUCAGGUGCUAAGGGUGAUAGAGGCUUGCAGGGUGAGAGAGGAAUGAAGGGAGUUAAAGGUGAAAUGGGUGACGCUGGACUCCCUGGACAAGUUGGAAGACCUGGAGAAAAAGGCCAGAUGGGCCUCACAAGAGAAGACAUCAUAAAACUGAUCAAAGAGAUCUGUGGUUGUGGCAUUAAAUGUAAAGAGAGGCCUAUGGAGCUGGUGUUUGUAAUUGACAGCUCUGAAAGUGUCGGCCCUGAAAACUUUGAAAUCAUAAAAGACUUCGUCAUAGCACUAGUGGACCGCAUCACUGUAGGCCGCAAUGCCACACGCGUUGGCCUCGUUCUAUACAGCCUGGACGUCCAUCUGGAGUUCAACUUGGCACGCUACAUGACCAAGCAAGAUGUGAAACAGGCUAUCAGGAAGAUGCCUUACAUGGGAGAGGGAACAUACACUGGCACUGCUAUACGCAAGGCUACACAAGAGGCUUUUUACAGUGCCCGAAACGGAGUCAGCAAAGUGGCCAUCGUCAUCACGGAUGGACAGGCGGAUAAGAGAGAGCCCGUGAAGCUGGACAUGGCAGUGCGGGAGGCCCAUGCUGCUAACAUUGAAAUGUAUGCUCUUGGGAUCGUUAACACAUCUGACCCUACACAGGCUGAGUUUCUCAGGGAGCUUAACCUCAUUGCUUCAGACCCAGACAGUGAGCACAUGUACCUCAUUGAUGACUUUAACACCUUGCCUGCUUUGGAGUCUAAGCUCGUAAGUCAGUUUUGUGAGGAUGAGACUGGAGCACUCAUUUACAAUCGCAUCACCAAUGGUGUAAACGGACACAACGGAUACAGGCAUAACGGUUACGAUAACCACAACAAUGUCUUAAACGGGAACAAUGGCUAUGGAACUCAUCAUGUAGAAGAAUUUGGCAGGAGGCUUAAUGGUCUGAGUGGAACCUACUCUGAACGAAUCAACCCUGCUCCAUUCCGUGCUAUGGUUUGUAGACUGGCUAGAGCUAAAAGAAAUAUUGAAAUAUUAAUGGAGUUUCUAACUCUGAUCUGUUUUCAUCUCCAGAUUGAUGUAGACUUAAAGAGUCAUGUUCAAGGCAACCAAAAAGUAACUGAUGUCCAGACUGAGGUUGCACCUGUACAGCCUGUGCAUGAGAACAGCAAAACAUAUCACACCAACAUCGUAUCCUCAUCACUGCCAUCAUCAUCAUCAUCAUCAUCAACAUCUUCUUCAUCACUGCCAUCAUCAUCAACAUCAUCAUCAUCCUCUUCUUCCUCAUCAGGAUCUGUUAUAUCUACAUCAGUGAGCAUAAAGCCCCAGCCCCGUCCUGAUGUAGUCUCAGCUCCUUUGGAUCCUCGUUGCACCCUUGUCCUGAGUCAGGGGACCUGCCGAGACUACAUCAUCCGCUGGUACUACGACAAACAGGCAAAUGCAUGUGCUCAGUUCUGGUAUGGAGGAUGUGAGGGCAAUGAGAACCGUUUUGACACUGAGGAUGACUGCAAGAAGACAUGCGUUCUUACCAGUAUAGCAGGUUAAGCUGGAUCUCAGAGCUGAUAUUUUUACACUGAAAAAGAACAAAACAAAUGGACUAAACUGUUGCUUUUUUUUACUAUCCAUAAUCUGCUCUGAAACAUUACCCUUCUUUCAGCAGGUUCAGAAAAUAUGUUCAUCAAAAGUCUAAGAAAGAGAAAAUAGGAUAAAACAAGAUUACUGUGAUUAUGUGCUCUGUUUUAGUGCAGUGCUUAUGAAGUAACUCUGCCUGUUCUCUUUCCCUGUAAUGCACAAAUAACUCAUUUCCUUAUAUACCUCAUUUGUUAAAUCCAGCUUCUUUUCGGUACCCUGUAGGGUUUCUGCACUGUGUUUCAUUAAUAUUUUUCACUUUUACAACUGUAUGUCUACAUUUUGCCAUAUACAGUAUAUAUUAAUAUUAAAUAUAUUUUCAUAUGCAAAGUAAUACUUAAGACUUGAGAAUUAUUCAUAAUCAUGAUUAAAUAAGAAUGGUUAAGUUGCUACAUUUUUAUAGAAAACUAGGCUUUGCAUUCUUUACUUGAUAUCUUAGGAUCGAUAUGAUGGAUAAAAUAAUUUGUUGUUUUUUUUUUAUUUUAAACCUUUUUAAAAUACAAGUCAUUUUAUCUGUAAAAUUUUAACUGUGAUUAAUGUUAGAAACUGUUGUGAGUACAUCGUGUAUGACGGAUGCUUUUGUACUUUUUUAAUAAAUGGA